UGACAAAUUAUGUUCCUGAUAAUUAAGGUACUAUUUAUGUGUACUUGCUUUACUAACUAGAUUAUUCUUGUUUCUGAGUCAAUACUCUCUUUGCUUGAACCUAUGGAGCCCAAGAAACUCAUUACUGAAUCUUCAGAUGAAGUAGUGAAUGAUUCACCAAUAGAGCAAGUUAGACUAACAGUGCCAACAACAGAUGAUCCAUCUUUGCCUUGCUUAACGUUUCGAACAUGGGCUUUAGGGAUUACAUCAUGUGCAAUCUUGGCAUUCUUGAAUCAGUUCUUUGGUUAUCGCCAAAACACGCUGUAUAUUUCCUCUGUCUCUGCUCAGAUUUUGGUGCUUCCCCUUGGAAAGCUUAUGGCUGCUUAUUUUCCCACCAAAAUAAUCCAAAUUCCAGCGACAAAGUGGUCGUUUUCUUUGAAUCCAGGGCCAUUUAACUUGAAAGAACAUGUUCUUAUUACCAUUUUCGCCAAUGCUGGUGCAACUAGUGUUUAUGCUGUUAGCAUUAUUACCAUAGUAAAGGCGUUUUACGGCAGCCAAAUUCACCCUCUUGCAGCUUUGUUAUUGACACAUACUACCCAGUUGCUUGGAUAUGGAUGGGCUGGUAUAUUCCGAAAGUUUUUAGUUGAUUCGCCAUACAUGUGGUGGCCUUCCAAUUUGGUUCAAGUCUCCUUGUUUAGGGCAUUGCACGACGUUGAGAAGAGGCCAAAAGGAGGCUUGACAAGGCUGCAAUUCUUCAUUGUGGUUCUUGUAUCAAGCUUCUCUUAUUACAUCGUCCCUAACUAUCUAUUCCCAUCGAUAACAGCUCUGUCAUUCGUGUGUUGGAUAUGGAAGGACUCAGUGACAGCGCAACAACUAGGGUCCGGUUUAAAGGGACUUGGAAUCGGUUCGUUUGCUCUAGAUUGGUCUACUGUGGCUGGUUUUUUAGGAAGUCCAUUAGCCACACCUGGUUUUGCUGUUAUGAACACUUUGGUUGGUUUCAUGCUAAUUGUCUACAUAGCCAUCCCAUUUUGCUACUGGACCGACAUGUUCCACGUCAAACGCUUCCCAAUUUUCUCCUCUCACUUGUUUGAUUCAGAUGGACAAGCAUACAACCUCACAAGAAUCUUCAAUAAGGAAACUUUUGAUUUCAAUCAGCAAGGAUAUGAUCAUUACAGCCAAGUUCAUUUGAGCAUAUUCUUUGUAUUUACCUAUGGCUUAAGCUUUGCAACGCUCGCUGCAACUGUCACUCAUGUUGCUCUCUUCCAUGGAAGGACAAUUUGGGAACAAACAAAGGGAUCUUUCCAAGAGAAAUUUGAGGAUGUUCAUACAAGGAUAAUGAAGAAAAACUAUGAGCCUGUUCCUCAAUGGUGGUUUUACACAAUCUUGAUAGUGGUUCUUGGACUGUCAUUGCUUGCUUCUGAGGGAUUUGGUAGACAAUUGCAGCUUCCUUAUUGGGGAGUCAUUUUAGCAAUGGCUUUAGCUCUAACUUUCACCCUGCCAAUCGCUGUAAUAACAGCUACAACGAACCAGGCACCAGGAAUAAAUGUCAUCUCGGAGCUCAUCAUAGGUUACAUGUAUCCUGGAAAACCAUUAGCCAAUGUAACAUUCAAAACCUACGGAUUAAUCAGCGUGUCACAAGCUAUAUCUUUUCUUGCUGAUUUCAAAUUAGGCCACUACAUGAAGAUCCCUCCAAAAUCCAUGUUCAUUGUUCAGCUAGUAGGAACUGUAGUGGCAUCCUCAGUCUAUUUUGGGACGGCUUGGUGGCUCCUCGAUACAGUGGAUAACAUCUGCAAUCCAUCAAAAUUGCCUGAGGGAAGCCCGUGGACUUGCCCUGGAGAUGAUGUAUUUUACAGUGCCUCGAUUAUUUGGGGUGUUGUUGGUCCUCUAAGGAUGUUUGGAAAACUAGGAUUAUACACCAAUGUAAACUACUUCUUCCUAAUAGGCAUUCUAGCGCCUGUCCCCGUUUGGCUUCUCUCGCGCAAAUUCCCUGAUCAGGAGUGGAUUAGACUCAUCAACAUGCCUGUAUUAUUAUCAGGUUCAGGAGGAAUGCCACCGGCUAGGGCAGUGAACUACAUCGGCUGGUUAUCGGUUGGGCUGUUUUUCAACUUCUAUGUGUACAGGAAAUACAAAAGUUGGUGGGCUAGGCACAAUUACAUUCUAUCAGCAGGACUUGAUGCUGGGGUUGCAUUUAUGGCCAUACUUGCUUAUUUCACAUUGCAAAUUAGAGAUAUAAAUGGGGCAAAUUGGUGGGGUUUAAAUUUAGAUGAUCACUGCCCUUUGGCACAUUGUCCUACUGCACCUGGUAUACAGGUCCCUGGAUGUCCUGUCUUUCAGUAAUCAUCCACUUAGAAUAUGAAUGCUUAUAUACAGUCAAGCCUCUUUAUAAUAGUCUCAUUUGUUCUGGAUUUUUUUUGGCUAUUAUAACAAAGUGUUAUUAUA